AUGGACGCGCGCGCGCGCGACGGCGCCCACGGCGUCCUCGAUCGUCUCCGCGGCCGCGAUGGCGGUGACGCGCCGUCGACGAGCGCGUCGAGGUCGUGGGGCGUUCGAGACAUGUCCGCGCACGACCGCGCGACGCUGGCGAAUCACGCCGCGUUGACGUCCGCGCAGUUGAUCUGGGGCCUCAUGCACGUCUUCGCCAACGCGGGAUUGCGGCACAUCGAGCCCACGGCGUUCUGCGCGAUGCGAUUGGGGGUGGCGUUGCCGUUUCUCGCGGCGCAGGCGAGACGGGAGGGCGGACGGGCGCCGUGGCGAGACUUGGCGCGAUGGGUCCCGGCGAUGGGGGUCUCGAUCGGUGGGGCGUAUCUCAUGGUGUUCGUGUGUAACGCGAAAUCGGGGGCGACGUUGGUGGCGUGCGUGCAGCCGUUGAUUCCGGUCAUCGUGGCUGUCGCGAGCGCGUGCGUCGGGCAAGACGGCUUGGGGUCGAAGAAACCGCUCGAACGAAUGACGCGAUUGAAAGCGGCGGGGGUGGUGGUGGUUUUCGUGGGUACGGUUUUAGCGUUGAGGGCGUACGAGAUUUUCACCGCGGGUGGGAUCACGGUGGGCGAGGUGUUCAUGCUGUUGUCGCAGGUCGGUUCGUACUCGAUGUACGCGGUGCUCUUGGGUUUGGCGACGAAGACGUACCCGUACCCGUUGUUGUUCUUGUUCCUAGCCACGACGUUCGCCGAGUUUGGUAUUAUUUUGAUCGCGAUUCCGGCGUUUCAGAAUCUUCGCGCGAGCGAGGUACCGGCCAGCGCGUGGGGCUCGGUGGCGUUCGCCGGAUUGGCGUCGAGCGUCGUCGCGCAUUCGUUGAACUCGUGGGCCAUCGCGCGCGUCAAGGGCGUCCUCCCCACCGUGUACUCGGGCAUUCAAGUCGUCUUCGCGAUCAUUCUCGCCAGGAUUUUCCUCGACGAGCGUCUUCAAUGGGAUCAACUGAUCGGCGUGUGCGUCACCAUGCUCGGCGUCUUCGCCGUGGCCAAGGCGAAGUACGCGGAAUCGAGCGACGAGACCAGAGACCUCAGAGACGGCGGCGCCGCCGCGGACGUCUCCACGGAUGCGAUAUGA